UUUUAUUUUAAUGAAUUUUUACGAUAUAGCCACUUUGUGGCUGUGGUAACUAGUGACAACCGUUUCCUACAGAGAGCAUCAGCUGUUGAAUAGCAGUAACACAAGACAAAAGGCACCGUAGUGAAUGAAGUCAGUCCUCUGAUCCACCUUGCACGCGAAUGAGAGCCAUGUCUCCUGAGGAUCCCUACCAGGACUCUUUAGAUGAUGAUCUAGACGGUUUCUCCGAGCCUGGGAGAGGGAGCAGGAUACGCAGCAGUGUCUACACCAAAACCCCAGAGAUGGAGAGUAACUGCUAUGGAGACUAUGGAGCCACCGUGGACAAAAGUCCCCUGAUGAAAACAUUGAUGGAUGCAGAAUCAGCGGCCAACUCUGCAGCCGUACAGCUCAUGUCAUUCAAGGAGACCCUGGAGGAUGAUUUUGCUGACUCAAGACACUCUGCCUCUGAUAACCGGCGGAUGUCAAGGCAGAGAGGCCUUCUGCUGGAGAAGUUGGAGGUUUUUAAACGGAUUAACAAGUCUGUUCGACAGCAACUCAAAGACCUGCAGGAUGCAGAGGCAUCUCGAAUGGAGACAGACAAACACAUCGAUCUCUUACUAAAGAAGCUUACACAGGCUGAGUGUGAUAAUCUGCAUUUGAAAAGACAUUUGAAUGAUAAAGAAAAAAGGGUGGAUGAACUGAUGGGUUUGAGGAAGAAAGAAAUGGAGAACACAGAGAAUGCGGUCCAUGCCACCAAGUCUGUGGAGACCACACGCGCUCACCUGCAGGGCCAGCUACACAGCAAGGAGGCCGACAACAACCGUCUCACCGUGCAGCUCCGGGGUUUGGAGAGGCAGCUGACUGAGCAGAAGCUGGAGAUAGAUGGUCUGAGGAGGGAGAUCUCUAGUGUCUCUGAGAAGGCAGAACAGGAGAAAGAGGCCCUGAAGAAGGCCACCCGUGCCCAAAAACAGAGGGCCGAGAGGUUCGAAGCUGCUGUGGAUAAAUGUUAUACUCAGCUGAGGGAGAAGGAUGUUCAGCUGGCGGAGGCUUGUUCAGAGAGGGACACGUGGAAGAGACAACAGGAGCAGAAGACAAAUGCAAGACUUCUACUUGAUGCACAGAUAGGACUACUGAAAGGCCAAAUAGCAGACAUUACUGCAAAGCUACAGAAAGAGAGGGAGGAAUUCACUGCUGCAAAUGAGGUCUUACUGCUAAAAGUGGAAAAACUAAACGCUGAAAACGGAGACAUUGGCCUUGAGAACGCAACCCUCAAGGCGUCUAUCGUUGAGCUGGAGCUGCAGCUGGUCCAUUCUGAAGCAGCGCUAAAAGAGGAGAGCACCGUCUCACAGGAGAGGAAAGACCAAGCAGAACAGUAUCAGAGUCAGGCGGCAGAGCUUCAAAUGGAGGUGGAUGAUCUGAAAAUAAAGUUGGAGAGUUUUCUGAGGGAAGCAGAGCACAUCAGAGAAGGAAGAGAUGCAGAAGUAGAGAAGGUGAGGCUGGAGCUGGAGGGGCGCGUGAAGGAACUGGAAGAGUACCCCGAGUUACUGAGCACCACGGAGCAGAGUCUGGCGGAGUGCCAGGACAACCUGAAGCGCUCCGAGAAGAGAUGUGCAGACAAGGCAGAGGCCAUUAGACAACUGCAGGUUAAGGUGGAGAGACAAGGGGAGAAGAUGAGAUCAUCGGUGGACAUGAAAGAGUCUAUCCACGAGGCCAACUCACAGCUACAGCAGAAAAUGGAUGCUCUUCAAAAGCAGAUGGAGGAGCUUCAUGGGGAGAACCAGGAGCUGGUCCGUAGGCUGGCAGGGCAGGAGGAGGCACUACACUAUAGCAGCAGGCAGCUAGAACAGCGCUCAGCAGACUGCCAGGCUCUCAACAGACAACUGGAGGCAGCAGUGGCCGAUGUCAGGCAACAGGUUUCCAAAGUAAAAGACAAAGCCAUCUCCAGAGAAAGUUCCCUUCAGACCAAAAUCCUGGAGCUGGAAGCUGAGAAGAGCAGGAGAGAGAAUGAGCUGAAACAGAUGAAACAAAGCAAGCAGUCAGCUGAGAAGCAGUUUGAGGUGCGUCUAAAGGACCUGCAGCUCAGCCUGGACCAGUCAGAAAGCCACAAACAGAGCAUUCAGAACUACGUAGACUUCCUCAAAAACUCUUACGCCACCAUGUUUGAUGAGGGACUACCACAGGCACCGUCUAGUUUUGGAUCGUCCUACUUUUUAAAAUGAUGAUUAUUUAUUUAUUUUUAUUCAUUUAGCAGACGCUCUUAUCCAGAGCGACUUACAGAUUACUCAGGUAUGUGUGUUUGCGGUAUGUUAUGUGUGUUGUUGGUUCAAUCAUGUGUACUGUACAAUUUGAUCCUUAUUUAAGAAUAAUAAUGUGUUUUGGAGAAGCAAUGAAUUGUCACAUAUUCAUUUAAUGUUUAUUAAAGACAUACAUGUAAAUGUUUAUGUAGAUUAGUUAAUACUUUUUGUCCAUUUAUAAAUAGAGUUUCAAUAAAGUUUAUAAUUGCA